CCUGGUGCGUCAUCCUCGUGCGCCGGAAGCACUCUUCAUCCUACCGGAAGUACGUUUGUUGCUGCAGAGGGGUCGACGCGGAAGUGCAGCUUGGAGGGGAACGAUGGGUUGCGACGGGGGGACCAUCCCCAAGAGACACGAAUUAGUGAAAGGGCCUCGGAAGGUCGAGAAGGUUGACAAAAAUGCAGAAUUAGUGGCACAGUGGUACUACUGCACACUGAGUCAAGAAGAAUUAAGGAGACCAAUUGUAGCCUGUGAGCUGGGAAGGCUGUAUAACAAAGAUGCUAUCAUUGAAUUUUUACUGGACAAGUCAUCUGAUAAAUCCCUUGUGCAGGCUGCAUCCUAUAUCAGGAGCAUUAAGAAUGUAACAGAGCUGAACCUUGUAGAUAAUCCAGCUUGGAAAGGUGAUAAAGGGAACACAAAAGGUGAUAAAUAUGACGACAUCCAGUGUGCACGCUUUAUUUGCCCUGUGGUGGGCUUGGAAAUGAAUGGAAGGCAUCGGUUUUGUUUUUUGCGGAACUGUGGCUGUGUGUUCUCUGAACGUGCUCUUAAAGAAAUUAAAACAGAAGUUUGUCACCGGAAAUCAAAGAAAUGUAAGGCAGUGGAAUCAGUCUCUCAACAAGACACCACUGAAGAUUCUCCAGGACCAUCAGAAGUAAAGACUGCAAAAGAUGGUAUGAACACUAAUUCUGGAGAAAGGAAACAGAUUGUCUUCACAAAGAGUGCAGAAGCUAAUGAAAGUUCUUCUGCAUCAGAAAAAAUCAGUAAAGCUUCAGCUGGCACCACCAAGAGAUCCAUUGCCAACAGCGAGGAGAAAUCAGAGGCAUACAAGUCUAUUUUUACGUCACACAGCUCAGCAAAACGCUCGAAGGAAGAGUCUUCCAAUUGGAUUACUCACACAGCAUACUAUUUCUGAAACAAUUGUAUGCAUGAUUGUAAAAGUCAUUGCUAUUUUUCUUCCCUGAGGCUUUUUCUGUGUAACUCUGAUACAGGGUGUUCAUUGUAAUCUGAUUAUCUGGAAUUAUUCACUUUGCAAAUUGUUUAUAAACUUGUAAAUAACCUGUGUACUUAGGUUGUUUACAGCUAUUGUUAAACAAGAAAUAGAUGGCCAAAAUCCAUGUCUGGUAAUGUGACUUACUUUAAAAGAUUAUUUACAAAAAAUAUAAUUCUUUGGGGUCAGAUUCUGCCAUCCUUAGUUACACUGAGUAGUAGUUUACUCUUGAUUGCAGUUCCAGUUAGGAUUGCAGAAUCUGCUUACUAGUAAAUAUAUCCUUCUAUGCUUUUAGAUGUAGAAUGAUUACCUACACAAUUUUAGCUGCAGUUGUAAUUGAACUUCUCUUUGUGUUAGUUAAGACUAAAUUUAAUGUUUGUAACUUUCUGACACUGCUUGCUAACAAUAACCCCCCCCCCAAUAUUUCCUCUCUUACAUUAACUAAUUUGACUCUAGUCAAAACCAGUACACGUCUCUCUUAAAGGUGCUGGAGAUCACUUUGAAUUAAUAUAUGUCAGGAUGGAAUCAUUCAGAAAGCUCAGUGUGAUCUCAGAAAUAAAGUAAAAACUUUUACAAUAGUCUUCUGUUCCAUUUCAAAGGAGAAUGGAGGUGGGGGAAAUGUUUUGCUAUUUACUGCUAAAUUAUUUUUAAAGAAGGCACCAAAAUUGUUUUUUGUCCCCCCCAAAAGUGUUCUAGCUUUUUUUCCCCUCUUACAUUAGAAAUACCAAGUCUGGGCUUCCAUCUUUUUGGUGGAGAACUGUGGAGGAUAAUGGCAGCACACCAUGCUGAAACUUGAGCUGGAGCUUUCUUCCUUGCAGUUGAAGUAGCACUGAGGCUGGGUUUUGUACACCAUUAAACAGCAAUUUGCCUUUAAUUAAAACAAAUUAAUGGAUCCAAGUCCUUUUAGCUCAACUGAAAAAUAUGAACACACUUAUUACCAUAACUUUUGAUGUUUUCAGACUUUGGAGAAGCAUUUAGUUCAUCUGGUUAAAACUGUUUUAUGAACCUCGCACAUUAAAAUGAAUAUCAGUGUGUUUAAACACAUUGAAAGAUUGGUGAUUCUGACUCAAGGUUUGGGUGGAAGAGAGAAGAAUUCUACCGAGGACUCCUUGGAGAAAUCAAUAUCAAACUCAGGUUUUUAAAAAAAUAUUAUUUGCAACUGUGCAAAGAAAACUGCCUUUAGCCCGUCUGCUUUGUUUUUAAUAUAAAAAGUCCAGAUGCAUGGAAAACUUUUACAUGUUUUAAAUGAUGUCUGUGCCAGAUAGUAGUUUUGAUUUAAAGGGGGAAGUUUACAGAUACUGUAUAGUGUCAGGUAUGGAAGUAUUGACUUCUGAAAUCUAUUUUACUUAAAUGUUAUUUCCCAGCUACUCUUUAGAAACUGCAAGCCUUUUACCACACUGGCUAAUUUCACCCUUUUUUCCUUUUUACUCUAGACAGGAUAGACUAUGGAAGUCCAAUCUAUACAUUUCAAUGAAUCCUUCAGUUUCUUCUUGGAAUCAUUUUGCAAGAGUAUGGAAGAGUGUUUUGAUUAUUCUUUAAUAAAUUACACGAUGAAUCUGACCACAUUUAUUUAAAAAGCUGUGGACUAAAUUGCAGACAUCCCAAAAGAAGUGCUCUCAAUCUCUGAGUGCAAAUGUUUGCCCAGCAAAAUAGUGUAAUCACAUGUGCAAAUGCUCACCCAGAUGUGUGCACUCUUUUAUGUGGAUAAAGAGAUGCACUUGCAAACCUUCGGGGGGUGCGCAUUAAUAAAGACCAUUUUAAACUUGGGCCCUUUGUGUCUUCAAACGCAGUGGUAAUCUUUCUUUGCGCUCUGUUGCGUUGCAGGUUAGUGAAAUGUGCUGCUUCCAAAACGUCUGUAAUCCAUGUUUCUUGAUUCCUAUCCUAAAGCUUCUAACAGGAACUGAACAUGUUAGCCAGUCCAAUUCAAGUCCAAGUCAGAACUGCAUUGCCUAUGUAGAAUUGAGUGAUACUAUGUGUAUGUACAGCAAGGCAUAGCGACUUGCUCUUAUUUUGAUCAAGUCUGUCCCUGUAACUUUGACUGAAAUAAGUGGUUGGUUUUGUCAUAUGACCAUAAAGGUUCCUGGUAGCCUACAUAGCAUAUGUCAGUGCUUGAAUAGAGCAACUUUUAGAUGUUAGUCAUCUUUGAUUGUCAUAUGCCUUCCUCUGAGCCCUUUUUUUAAACCUUAUUUGAAAUUUAGCGGGCCUUUUUAAAUGUUAACUUUCCACUUCCAAUUAUUCAGUGUCUAACAAUACUAGAUGCUGUUAUCCAAUAAUACCUAAAGUGAUCAAAAUAAAAACUGGAAGCUUCUUUUAGUUUUUUUUUUAAAUGUUAUAGCCUUUGUUCAAACUAACCAAGCUAAAAUUACAGUAAGUAGUAGGCUUUUAAAGCUACUGCACAACGAUGUUACAUUGUUACUUUUCUGUGUGACAGCAAUUAAUUAGCCUUGUAAUUUAUUUUGAAAAGUGCCUUCCUUCAUGAUCAGCAAUAAUUAAUUGGAAGUUUAGAUUUGUUUA